AUAGCGUUGCAAAGAUGCCGCAGGUGAUGGUGAUAUACCGGCAACCACCGCACAAGCACCAUGGAGUUUGAUAGCAUGUCACGGCUGACGCUCGCCUUCCCUGCAUCUCAUCUCUUACCCCACGCAGCCACAGCCCGUUGUCGAGAGCUCCGGCGACUCGCGACUCGAGCACCAUAAGCAGUAGCAUGCUCGCCAUUUCUUGGGCCUAGGUACCAGACUCGCCAGUGACCUCACUUUGCGCACCUCGUAUCUCGCACACAACCAAGCCAUCGUCACGCCUGCCUUGCGCCUAGCUGCGUCGUCGAACAAGUGCAGUAAAGAAUCCAUCCGGGUGCAGCCAAGGACGCGACACAAGAUGACGUCUGGGUCCAUGCGAGAGGCCAUCAAGGCUCUCAACACGACUUUCUCCGCGCCCACAGCACCCUAUCCGCUGCCCGACGAACUACGCGACACCAUCGCCAGCUUCCUCGAACGCUAUGACAACAUCGACGACUACGACUCCCAGCGCUUUCAUGACGACCUCCACGCAGUAUACCAGCGGCAUGUUGCCGGCAACCCAGAAAAGCUUGGCGCUUUCUUGUCCGCGCUGCGACUGGUACGGCCUGCCCUCACAGGGGAAACGCGUUUGACCACUUGGUGGGACCUGGUGCUUAAGCCCACAAUCGAUGGGAUAGGGCAUAAGAGGCGGGUCAUCGACGACGCAAGCGAGUUCUUACAGGGCAUACUGGUCUACGAUGCCGAAACAGACCACAACGGGGAAGCUGCACGUCUCUCUAGCCUCUUCACAAAGAAGUUGCUCGACGCAUACCUUGCCCGAACCAACGUGUUCUCUUCUUGGGAGGAUGCCGUGAAUCCAGAGAACGAGUUUGUGUCGCAUGAGCUCGAAGCUGUCUUGAUGGUAUUUGGGCGCAAAAUGCCAAAGGCUCUACUCCUUGCUCUCGAUGAGCUCUUCGUCCAGAAACAAUACCGUAUCCAGGCCUUGACUUUGUUGAGCGCCUUCGUCAGGCUACAGCCACCACAUCUCCACCUCGUUCUCGAAACACCCCUUAUACAGAACUUGCAGAAGAGUCUCCUCAUCGAUACCUCCUCGACUGUCAUCGAACUCGCACUGGUAGUCCUGAUCAUGUUUCUACCCCACAUUUGCGGAGCUUUGAGCUCUGACCAAAGCCUGAGAUUAAAAUGCUUCCUGAUCUACAGCAGGGUACUGUGUUGGGACAAGCUUGGAAAUCCCGAGGAUUCAAAAUCUUCGUACAACAAUGUCGACGACCAAAGCAAUGAGAGUCAAGACGAGGAGGAAGUAGAGCCCGAGCAAGCGUGGGAACGAGUGCAGCAUUCCAUGGACUACCCUGAUUCAUCCCCGCCAACUCUCAUGCAUUACUUUACCUUUCUCUACGGCCUGUUUCCACUCAACUUCAUGAGCUUCGUUCGCAAGCCACGGAAAUACCUAAAGUCACUCAACUUUCCAGGUGCUCGCGACUUUGAUCUUGAUCAGGACCUCAUCCACAGUCGAACCGAGCCAUAUCGACGGGUCCAUCUGCUGCAUCCCAACAUGUUCACGACUACGAUUGAGGACGAAUUGAGCGACCACAGGUGGUUGAAGAGCGAUCCUGUGGACGUUGUGACUGAGUGUAUGGAUCUCUGUGUGGCCGUAUCGACAACGCUAGAUGAUCCUGGACCACCACCAAUGGCAAAAUUACCUCCUAUUCCAGACGUUGCCAAUGAGUUUGCAUUGGACGAGGAUGAACCUACUACGAACGAUUCGAAAGUAAGCUGGAGGAAUACACAGGCGACUAUGGUGGUGCCUCUAAGCGAAGCCCCAGACAUGCCAGAGCUUGAGAAUGGCCUCUUUCAAAAUACUGCCAGCACCAUAGAGGAUUCGUUGAAGCAAGCAAAGGAUGGACUGGCAGUCAGGUCACCGUCCCCUCUACCGAAAGAUCAUAGUAUAAUGGAUUCGCCUACAUUGCCACCAGUCAAGGAUACAAAGAAGCAGUACGCUAUCGGUGCGCCUGGAACAACUCAACGGUUCGUAUCUCGCAAAUCUAGCCUCGACAACUUCGCUCAAAGCGUAACCGGAGCCACCUCCCCUACGCACCCCGGUUUUCAGAAUCAGAACAUGGCCUCUCUGCAGAGAGAGAUCAUGCUUCUUCGAAACGAUCUCAACUUCGAGCGCUACUUGAAGAUGCAACAUUUGGCCCACAUUGGUCAUCUCCAGCGGAAACACAUCAAGGAGGCAACGGCAGAGGCGGAAACACAGAACCUCAUCAACUCGAACAAGACCUUGAAGGCCAGGCUUGCCAAAGCAAAUGAGCUGUACGCCCAGUUGAAGAAGGAAACACUUACAAGCCGGAACCAAUCGAAGAGAUGGGAGAAUGACUUGAGUGCGAAAGUCCGGUCGUACAAAGAGAGCGAAAAGUCAUGGGGCAGUGACGGAGAAAGCUUGCGUUUCCAACUGCAAAAGACACAGGCCGAUUACGAAAACCUCAAGGAUAUCGUAGAGAGGGCAGAAGCUGAGCGUCUCAAGGCCCAACAGCGAACGCGAGCCCUAGAAUACGACCUGGAACAUUACUGCGACGUGCAACAAAAACUCGAAAUCGCACAGGAAAAGAUUAUUACGUAUGAGUCUCAGAGCAAGGACCUCAACAUGUUGAUCCAGGAGCGGACCACAUUGCGGAACGAUCUAGAAGUUACCAAUAUGCGGUUGAACAGUCGGGAGGCGGAACGUGAGCGUGCUAUCAAGGCUUACGAGCGACGGAUCAUGGAGCUUGAAACACGAUUGCAGAUGGCAGAAAGGAAUACCGGGAAACCUGGGCAACUUCCUGCCUCGGUUCAACAGAUGUUAGAUUCAGCACUGGCAGCGAGCAACAACAGGCUGGAAAAACUGAAAAAAGCAAACCAAGAACUUCACAGACAGUACACGGAACUGAGUUUGAAACAUCAGGAUCUCCAAGGUGAGCGACAAGCUGAGCUUGACCGCUUCCCUGUACCGCAGAGUUCCAAAACUUUCGAACUCGAUCAAUCGCAAAUCAGUCGCAGCUCCAGCACAAAACGAGCAAACAACUUCAGCCCAAGGUAUGUGCCUUCACUCACAACCGACAUGGCACCUAGCGAAGAGCGUGAAUACUUCCCCGACUACCAAUCCCCUACUUCGGUGAGCAACUCACCAGGGAUUUCUUCUCCAGCUCGUCCUGUUCGGAGCGAAUCCUCGAGUUCCCAGAGGGCCCACACAUCUCAGAAGCCACAGGUUCCCCAGCUGUCACCUCUAUCACACCCCGCGUUUGGCGGUGGUCUCGUGCCAGAGUAUCCUGGACUGCGUGACGGCACUGUCCAUAGUCUCUACGGGGCACGAAAACCGACUACUCCCAAUGCUGUCCAAUCGAGCGCCAAGAGCUCGUGGUCAGUCCACACCGAUGGCAGUGGCAGCAGAGAAAAACAAGACAAGGACAAACCGGAACCAAAACCGGAAGUCAGGGUCUUCGGUCGUGGUGGUGCCCAGAAUAUGAGCAAGAAACCCAAGGAUAAAGAACCGAAGAAGCCGGCGUCUUCCAAAACGGGAGGCUUCCGUGGACUGAAGGGCAUCAUGUGAGAAGCAUAAUUGCAUCGUCGGCCUCUCUUCGCAAUGCAGCACAUAUCGUGCUGCCUAACAUCACCCAACAAUCUCCGACUUAUUCACCUUGAGCCGUACAAUCUAAAGCGGCAUUCCAGUUUAGCGAUUUCUUUCCCACGUUACCUUUGAUGCAACGAUUGCAUCUACGAUUCUAUUUUGCUCAUCGUCACGAUCAUUUCAUUUGUCUUCGAUACUUCUGGGGGUUUCGUAAUGUCAACGCGCUGAGAGCGGAGGAAGAGGUUUGGCCCGAUACUGCACAAUGUAGACACUCUAGACAUAGCUGGACUUGUCUGUUUUUCUUGUAUUCGUAUUAUAGUGUACUGUGCUUCUGAGCUGCACAUCCCAGACCCAGAACGAAUCCCAUUUACACUUGACGUCUCCGCACG